ACCCUGUCCGUGCGGGACGGAGACGUGUCUCCCCUCAGCUCCAGUGGAGGAUGAGAAGAGAAAACCAAAUUGUAUUUUUAAAGAAGUCUAAAUAACUCUUAGUUUCUGUCUUUCACUCUCGUCGAGGACUCGCCCCUGCCGGCUGAACGUUAGUCGUCAGUGACGUGCUGCGGUUAGCAUCGGCAGGAACUUUCCAAAACACGUUAGCUAACGAGCUGUAAAAAGUUAGUGUUUUAUUUGAACAGCUGUCUGAACGUCCAGCAGUCAUAUCUCCGUGGAUGUUGUGUGUGCUGACGCUUGAGCGGACCAUUAAGGAUUACAGCACUGGGAUGAUUUUGAUGGAGUGAGACACUUCUGUCGAGGCAGAUCUACAAUAAAGCUGAUCUACGUAUCUGGGUUAAAGUCGCAACUUGGAAUCCUCUCACCUGCAUUCGUACCCUGAACUGAACUCAACUUUAAGAUGGAUGGAAUAGACACCUUGCAGAGCUCGGCCCCAGAGACCAAGGCCGAGCGAAUUGCUCGGUACAAAGCAGAAAGGAGGAGGGAGCUCGCAGAACGUUAUGGCAACACAGACGAAUUCACCUCCAAAUAUGUCCGUAGGGACAGGAAAAUUGGAGACACAUCGGAAACAGUGUCUUCAGAAACCAAGGAGAAGGGAAAAUAUGAGGAUAAUACAUUAGAGCAAACAUAUACCAGGAGGGGCCCCAGGAAUAAAGUAGCAGAACCUGUGGAGCACGCUGAUGAAGAGGAAAAAGAGUUUACCACUCAAUUCAAAGAAGACACAGUCUUAUCCUCUAAAUCUGAAGUUGUCUCCACAAUGAAGACGUCCCCUCAUUUGAGGCUGCUGGAAACUGAUGACACAGAGGAGCCAAAGGGUGACGAGAAGCCUGAGGACUCAGCCAAGAAGACUUCCAAGAUGUCUCUUUUAAAGGACCUGGAGGAGAUGGAGGAUGGAAGCAGCGGCCGGCGUGCCAAUGAUGGGGUCAAGUGCCAGCAAAUGAGCAGUGACGAAGAGGAAUCCUCUACCAGUCUUCCCAAAACUGACACAAGCACGUUCAUGGAUGAGAAAGAGGCCUCAGAUGAACCUUCAUGGAAGGAACAGCACGAAUAUGCUUCCACUGUCGAAGAAAAGUCUUCCAGUCUCCUCUCCGACAGCGCCCUCGCCGUCAGCAAGACCAGAGACGCCUCCCCCCCUCCCUCUCCUCCCUGCCAGCUUGCCUCGCUGCAGCGCCAAGACUCUGGGCCUCGGGGCAUCAAGGGAAUCCUAAAGAAAAGCCGCUCCACUAGUGUGGAGUCGGACCACAGCGAGGGCUCGACGCCAGAUUGUGCACCAGUCCGACAGAGCAGCGUCACCCUCAGUCACCCUGAGAGCGAGGAGGAGAUGGAGGAGAUAGAAGAAGAGGUCAACGGGGAAAAUGACAGAGAGGAUGAGUCACUGACUGAUGAUAUAACAGACGGAGGGAGCUUCAGCAUUGACAGACAUCAGAGGGAGGGAGGCAGCAGCAGCAGCAGCAGCAGAGGGAGCUUUGAGGAGAUGAGGAGCCCCUCGCCUGACGAGAGCCUGGAGAAAACGUCCUCCGUUUCAGAGGAUGUCGAGGAGCUGGAGAGCAGUUUGGACGGAAGCCAGGGCUCCACAAUCAAACAGAGACUUGCAGAGUUCACUAGUGAAGAUGAGAAGAAGGACAGAGUGAAAAAACCCAAACCAUCUGAGCAGAUCCAGACAUCACUGGCUGAGCGCUUUGGUCAGCUCCAAGAUGCUGAAAAUGCCUGGAAGAAAAAGAAGUCCAAUGUAGAUGUCGCGCCCAAGAUGUCGCUGACGGAGAGGAUGAAGAUCCUUAAAGACAAGGAGGAGCAGUGGAAGAGCAAAGGCAAAGGAGCAGCCAACGACUCGGUCCAGUUCACUGUGGCUGGACGCAUGGCCAAGAGAGGUCUUGUGACAGACACCGGAAGGGAAGAGUCACCUCUUAUUGCCCUCAAGAAGUCUCAUGCCACGCCUGUUAAGCCGCAUGAAGGAAUCUCCAGUAGAAGUGAUGUGAAGGUGGAAGGAGACAAACGGCUCGACAAGCUGGAGUCUUUCCUCGACAAGCUCCACAAUAAAGGCGUGAGCAAAAGCAAGACGUCCACCGUGGAGGUGACAGCAGAGACGGAGAAAGAGGUGAUGACCCUGGAUGACGAUGAGACGUUCGGUAACUUCUACAGAUCUGUCUCACCAUCGACGCUCCAGGACUCCAGUGUGGUUGUGACAGAGGAGGACCUCAGCCAGAUCCAAGCCAAUACACCAAAGCUCACAUCAGCUGUAGCAGAACACAAGCGAGCAGUACGACCAGCCAGAAGGAACCAGGGCUCCAGGAACCCUCUGCGGGCUCUGGCCUCCCGCAACGACAUCCGCCAGGUCUACACCGAACAGAGGCUUAACGUAGCCUCACUGGAGACCAAGAGGAUCCAAGUGGAGAGGAUGGCAAAACACUCCAGAACAAACCUGGCUGACGUGGCCUUGGCGGGUCUCGCCAGUAAGGAGAACUUCCGCAAGGUCAACCUGCGCAGUGUGAAAUCCACCGAUGUUGUGACCAACAACAGUACGCUGCCUUUCAACAAGCUCAUGCUCAUUCGCAUCAAAGGUCGCAGGCACGUCCAGGUGCGCCUGGUGGAGCCCACAGCCCACUCUCUAAACAGUGGCGACUGUUUCCUCCUCAUCACACCAAAGCACUGUUUUAUGUGGAGCGGAGAGUUCGCCAACGUCAUCGAAAAAGCCAAGGCGGCAGAAAUGGCAGCGUUCGUUCAGGCCAAGAGGGAUCUUGGGUGUAAGGCCUCCCAGGUGACGGUGCUGGAGGAGGGGAUCAACACCGAGAGCAGAUGGGCCAAAGAGUUCUGGAGCCUGCUGGGAGGACACACCAAAUACAGAGGAGCCGGGGAGCCAGAGGAGGAUGAGCUGUAUGAGAGCGGGGUGUUAGACUCUAACGGGGUGUACAGACUGCAGGGAGACAAACUGGUGCCUCAUGAAGAUGCCUGGGCCUCCAUCCCGAGUGUCUCCUUGCUCGACUCUAAAGAGGUCUUAGUGUUUGAUUUUGGAGGCGAGGUGUACGUGUGGCAUGGGAAAGACGUGCCCUUAGGUGACAGAAAAGUCGCUGUGAAACUGGGCAAACAGCUUUACAGCAGCAGCUACGACUACAGCAACUGCAGAGUGAACCCUUUAGAUGCCUCCUGCACUAAUACAGAAGUGCCUCAGAAGGGGGAGGGUCGCCCGAGCUGGACUCUGUUUGGCCGACUGUCGGAGCACAAUGAGACGUCUCUGUUCAAAGAGAAGUUCUUGGACUGGGCCGAGAGGAAGAAAGAGGAAGCAGCUCAAACAGAGGAAGUCAAGAGUCCAGUCCACGCCAUCGAACGCCCCUCGUUUGACUUGGAACUGCAGCCAUGUGACGCCAAAGCCCUGCUGGACAACGAGCCAGAGCCAGUGAAGACACUUUUGGAGGGGGUGAACGUCCAGCGGGGACAUGGCAUUGUGAGGGCAGAUGAUGGAAGACAGGCAGAGCUGGCUACGAUAGCUGUAGAGGCCUGGCACAUCAAGGAGCACGGCGAGGAGGAACUGCCUGAAGAGAGUCUGGGUCAAUUGCACGAGUGCGACGCCUACGUCAUCCGUUGGAAGUACUCUAUCACCACACUGGUGGGGAAGCGAUUGAAACCCGGGGAGCUGAGUGCCGGCGCUCCUGGAAGAGAGAGGACUGCUUGUUUUUUCUGGCAAGGCAGCCGCUCCAGUGUCAGUGAGAAAGGAACGUCAGCUCUGAUGACAGUGGAGCUGGGCAGCCACAGGGGGUCACAAGUGUUGGUGACUCAGGGAAAAGAGCCUCCAUGUUUCCUGCAGCUGUUUCAGGGAGGUUUGAUCAUUCACAAGGGCAGCAGAGAAGACAGUGGCAACAAAACAGAUGGCUGGAGGUUGUUCUGCGUCCGUGGUGAGGCAGAGGUGGAGGCCUCGCUGGUAGAAGUAGUUUGCCAGCGUGCCAGUCUGCGCUCUCGUGCCAGCCUGGUGCUUCUUAACGCUCAGAAAGGCGUUCUCUACUUGUGGCAUGGCUGUAAAGCACAUGCCAGUGCCAGGCAGGUGGCCAAAAGAGCUGCGGACAAACUAACCCAGAGGAAUCCCUCAGAGUUAGGUCUGAGCAGCACCAGCAGCGUAAAAGUCGAAGAGGUGGAGGAAGGAGCUGAACCUGCAGAGCUCACAAAGGCUCUGGGCCUGCAGGACAAGAAGGCAUACGACUGUAUGCUGCAAGAUCCAGGGAAGUACAACUACACGCCCCGGCUGUUCCGGCUGAGUGCCAGCUCCGGGGUGUUCGAAGGGGAGGAGCGGCUGUAUCCAGCCAGGGUGAUGGAGGGAGUGAUGGCGAUGCCCUUUCUGCAGGAGAACCUUUACUCUGCACAUCAGCCAGCCCUGUUCCUGCUGGAUAACCGGAUGGAGGUGUACCUGUGGCAGGGCUGGCAGCCUGAAGACACGCAGUGUACCGGCUCUGCAAAGAUUCGCUGGAACAACGAGAGGAAGUGUGCCCUGGAGACAGUACUGCAGUACUGCAAAGAGAAGAACCCUCGGCGCCCCCCUCUGGCAUAUCUGGUCCUAGCAGGCUGUGAGCCUCUCACCUUCACCAACAUCUUUCCGUACUGGGAGAAGGACGCUAGUGUCGCUACAAAGACUGAGACCUCCAAGAGCAAGGUGAUGUUGGUAAAGGAGGCGUUGUCUCAGCUCAGCAGGCAGCAGUACUCCAUCGAGGAGCUGACCAGGAAGCCGCUGCCAGAGGGAGUGGACCCUCUACGCCUGGAGGAUUACCUGUCGGACCAGGACUUCAAGACACUUCUUGGGAUGAGUCGUGUCGAGUUCAACGCUCUGCCAAACUGGAAGCAACAGAAUCUGAAGAAAAGCAAGGGUCUGUUUUAAAACACAUCUUUUUGUACACAAAUCUGCCUGUUUUUUGUUGUUUUUUUUUUUGAUUGUUUUUAUGUUUUC